UGUACUAUAUCUGCAGUCUCUGACCAUCUCCUGUACUGUGUCCGCAGUCUCUGGUCAUCUCCUGUACUAUCUCUGCAGUCUCUGGUCAUCUCCUAUACUGUGUCCGCAGUCUCUGGUCAUCUCCUGUACUGUGUCCGCAGUCUCUGGUCAUCUCCUGUACUAUUUCUGCAGUCCAUUGGUUUAGAAUAUGUUUUUUCCUGUUUUCUGCCUCUAAAACCUAGGUGCAUCUUAUGGUCAGGUGCGUCUUAUGGAGCGAAAAAUACGAUAUAUAAACACAGUGAAUGAU